GCGUUUCAACUGACGUGUACCAGCGUCUGUCAUUUAACUGCCGACCGUGCCAAGCGGCUUAGUUUCGUUAAAGGAGUAAAAAAUAACCUGCCGUAUUUUUUAACAAAUUAGUUAAUUAGUUUUUAGAAAACAAAAUAAAAAUGGGGCUUACAGAAACCCUUCAGUUGGAUGAGAUGUUUCGCGACUUCAAUAGAAUGAACAAGCGACAGUCUCUUUACCAACUUUUAAGCUUUGCUUUGAUUGUAUCGUCCGCACUUAUGAUUUGGAAAGGACUUAUGGUUGUAACUGGCAGUGAAUCACCUAUUGUAGUGGUGCUCAGUGGAAGCAUGGAACCGGCUUUCCAUAGGGGCGAUUUGCUUUUCUUGACAAAUUACAAAGAAGAACCAGUGCGUGUCGGCGAAAUUGUAGUUUUUAAAGUGGAGGGAAGAGACAUUCCAAUAGUUCAUCGCGUGAUUAAAUUGCACGAGAAAGCUGAUGGUUCAGUCAAAUUUCUUACAAAAGGCGAUAACAAUAAUGUUGAUGAUCGAGGUUUAUACGCACCUGGUCAGCUAUGGUUAACAAAGAGAGAUAUUGUUGGACGUGCUCGAGGGUUCCUACCGUAUGUUGGCAUAAUAACAAUAUUUAUGAACGAGUAUCCCAAAGUUAAGUGGGCUAUACUUUCAAUUUUAGCACUUUUUGUACUACUUCAUCGCGAAUAAAAAAAAAUUAUAUAUUCUA